UCAAUUUCAAAGAGAGUACUCAAAACACACAGCACACUAAAAAUAUCUGCACAGAGCAGCUUAUCCAAAUCUAUGACUGUUAGCAAAACAGACACACUGGCACGAAUCUGACUUCUGACAGAGUCACCCCAGAGCCAUGGCGACCACGCUUCACCUCUCAUCAAACCAACCUAUACGCCAACCGACCCUCUUCUUUCCCUCCACAAACACACCCACCACACUCAUCUCCUUCAUCAGAACCUCGAAGCCCUCUCACAGACUCCACCCAAACCAAAUCUUCCUCCCAAGAAUACCCUCCUCCUCCUUCAGAAAUGGCAGCAACACCCCUUCAGGAACAGGGUGCCCUGUUCCAUUGGAGCAACAGCCCAUCAAUGAAUACCAAAACCUCUCAACUUCCUUCCCUUUUUCUUGGGCUGCUGGUGACUUUGUUGAGUAUUGUUCAAGAUUGUUUGUGACGGGUGCUUCUUUCGCACUCUUGGUCGGUUUGCCGGUCGCGUGGCUCGGGGCUCCAUCGCCCGAAUCUGAGCCGGUGAAGCGGGUUCUGGGUGCGGUUUCAAGUGGGAUUGUGGUGGUCACUUUGGCUGUUGUGAGGAUGUAUCUUGGUUGGGCGUAUGUUGGGAAUCGCUUGCUCAGUGCCACUGUUGAAUAUGAAGAGACCGGGUGGUACGACGGCCAGAUAUGGGUGAAAACAGCAGAAGUCUUGGCUCGUGACAGGCUUCUCGGUUCAUUUUCGGUGAAGCCCUUGCUCAGUAAAUUGAAGUACACUCUCGUGACACUUGCCGUUAGUUUAUUCGCAUGCAUCUUCCUCCUCAUCAACAUCGACGAGAGCCAAAAGGCUUCUGACGGGAGCCUCGAAGCGAACAGAGAAAGAGCCAUACCGGGAGUUUACAGCGACGAGUCGGCCCGGUCGUUUGAACCAGACGCGUUCUGCGGCGAACUCGGCAUUCCAUGAAGUGUCGAUCGAUAAGUGUCAUUGUUCUUUUUCCAGCUUACUAGCGGUUAGCUUAAAAGCUGCAUUACAUAACCUCAGAUGUGUGUAGAUCAUGUAUGGGGAACCACGGUCUCUGGUAGCAUAGAACUGUACAUUGUAGACGCUCUGCUGGAAUUUAUACAUUGUAUAUACUGUUGCCUCCAA